CCCCCUCUCUAUUUCUGACUCGGCCCUGCCCAGCGUGUGUGUCUGCUGGGGUGUUUUGUGCCAGCGGGACUCUCAGGAUUUGUCAUCUGGAUCUUUUAGCCGCAUUCUUUGCAGUUUUUGGGGAAGGUUGUUUGUCUUUCUCUGCGCACACGCACCGCCACCGCCACUCUGACAUCACAUCUGGCUGACAUCUGCGUGACCCCAACACCCCCACCUCCCACACCACACCCCCCAUCCCUGUUGAAACCAUGGCGCUGUCUUCACGCUUAAAACUGUGGGAGCAGAAGGGAGAUAAAGGAGGAGAAGACGCCAGUGGUCGCAGCCGUACCUCCUCCGCCUCUGUCCACUUUGCCGGGCGGCUUCCUCAAACAGCUGGUCAGAGAAACAGAGAAGGAGACCAAACAGAAAGAGCCGGAGACCAAAGAGGAGAGACAACCAAGCAAACUGAGCGACAACCUGGUGCAGCAGUUCCUCCUCCCGGAUCAGACUCCUCCGAUCCUUGAGGCGGAGAUGUCGCUCCGAGCCGAGCAGCAGAUGAACAGCAACAAGCACACGGACGGCCGGACCUCGAGUCAGAGGCAGAUUUACUCUCCUGACCCCGGCAACAAGAAGGAAACCAGACAGGAAGUAACACCAGAGCCACUGAAGCAGCAACAGGAAGUGAAGUCAGAGAAGAAUAUGAAGAAGCAGCAAGAGAAGGAGAGGAUAGAGGUGGUGGAGAAGAAAGAGGAGAAGAUGGAGGAGAGGCUGGAGCCAGAGGGAAGGCAAGCAGACACCACCGUGACGGAGCAUAACACGAGAGAGGUCAGAGAUGUUUGGUAUGAAGCAGGAACCGUGUGGUACGUCCACAAGGAUGGUUUCACCCGCGCCACUCAGCUGAAGCCAGAUGAAGGCACACCUGAACUCCCAGAAGGCCGAGUGAGAGUCCGUCUGCAGACGGACGGCUCGCUGCACGAUGUUACAGAGUACGAGAUUGAGAAGUGUAACCCGUCGGAGCUGGACCUGUGCGAGGAUCUGAGCGACCUGCAGAGUGUCAACGAAUGUGGAGUUCUGCACAAUCUGACCAGUCGAGCUAAAGCCAACCUGCCGCUCACACACGCGGGACCCAACCUGGUCAACUUCUGGCCGCCGUUACAGGCUCACAGCAAGACUCCAAAGUCUCGGCGGGGCGAGUCGGUGUGGGAUGCUCCUCCUGCGCUGGCUGCUCUGGUCAAACGGGUGUACGUGUCCAUGGUGGGCUCCAGGAGAGACCACAGUGUAUGUGCGCUGGGACGCAGCGGCACCGGCAAGACCACCGCAUGCCAGGCCUUCACACUCGCUCUCCUCAAUCAGGCCGGUACAACCAGGGAGAAGAUCAGCGUGGAGCGUGUGCAGGCCAUGUUCACCAUCCUGAGGUCUUUUGGCUGCGUGAGCUCGCAGCACAGCGACGCUUCGUCUCGUUUCGCCAUGGUCUUCUCUCUGGACUUCAACCACGCUGGACAGGCGGCUGCUGGACACCUGCAGACGGUGAUGUUGGACAAAUGGAAAGUGUGUCAGAAAACUCCCGGAGAGAGUAGCUUCCUGGUUUUCUCUCAGAUGCUGGCAGGACUCAGCACAGAGAUGAGGACAGAACUGCAGCUGCACCAGCUUCCUGAGGCCAACUCUUUCGGGAUCGUUCAUCCCACCAAGGUUGAGGAGAAACAGCGUGCGUCCGUCGCCUUCACCAAGCUUCUGACUGCCAUGGAAACGCUCAGCUUCUCGGUGGGGGAGCAGAAGGCGAUCUGGCACGUUCUGGCUGGCAUUUACCAUCUGGGAGCCGCCGGGGCCUGUAAAGUGGGCAGGAGGCAGUUUGUGAACUUUGACAGCUCUCAGGUGGCCAGCAGUGUCCUCGGCUGUGAGGGAGAAGAUCUGCACACGGCUGUCUUCAAACAUCACCUCCGACAGCUGCUGCAGAGAGCCACCGGGGGCAGCAGAGAGAGGAACCCCGCUGCAGAGGCAGAGGAGGGUCCCAGACUGACAGCGGCUCAGUGUGUGGAGGGGAUGGCUGCUGGACUCUAUGAAGAACUCUUCACCUCCAUCGUCUCUCUGAUCAACAGGGCUCUGAGCGGUCAGCAGCUGACGUUAGCCUCGGUGAUGGUGGUGGACACACCGGGCCUCAGGAACCCGAGGCACUCUGCAGAGGAGCGAGCGGCCAGCUGGCCCGAACUCUGUCACAACUACCUGCAGGAGAGGCUGCUGGAGCACUACCACACACACACCUUCACACACACUCUGGACAGAUACACACAGGAGAAGAUCCCAGUGGAGCUGGAGUGUCCGGAGAACAGUCCAGCGGAGGUGGUGUCUGCGAUCGACCAGCCGCCUCCACAGGUCCGGGCAGCAGAUGGCGACCCCAGAGGUCUGUUGUGGGUUCUGGAUGAGGAGAUGGUGACACCAUCCUCCAAUGAGAACAGCGUCCUGCAGAGAGUCUGCCAGUAUUACAACACAGUGCGUCAGUGCGAGCAGCCGCUGCAGUGUGAGGUGAGCCACCUGAUGGGCUGCGACCCGGUCCGCUACGACCUGAGCGGAUGGAUCGGUCUGAUCCAGAACAAUCCGUCUGCUCUGAACGCCAUCUGUGUGCUCCAGAAUUCCACCAUAGCGGAGGUGAAGAACAUGUUUAGCCCGAAGGUCCCCCUGCCCCCUCUGUGUCGAGGUCUGGGCGGUCUGGACGGCAGCAGCCAGCGCUCUCUGCAGAGAAACGGCACCAUCAGGAAAACCUUCAGCGGAGGCAUGGCGGCCAUACGCAGACACUCCCAAUGCAUUGCCAUCAAACUACAGGCAGACGCUCUGGUGAACCUGAUCCGCCGAGCCAGGCCGGUGUUCCUGCAGUGUGUGCUGGCAAAGACAGACAGCGGAGGUUUCGACGUGCCGGCGCUCCGAGUCCAGCUGCACUCCACACAGAUCCUGUCGGCCCUGCAGCUCCACCGCACAGGUUAUCCAGAGCACAUGUCAUUGAGUGACUUCAGGUGCCACUUCCAGGCGUUGUCUCCUCCGAUUAUGAAACGUUACGCGUCGAUGUUUGUCAGCCACGAUGAGAGAAAGGCCGUGGAGGAGUUACUGGGCGAGUUGGAUCUAGAUAAGAAGAACAUCGUCGUGGGCGCCAGCAGGGUGUUCAUGAAGCGAGGCGUGCUGCGCUACCUGGAGCAGCAGCGGGACCAGCAGGUCACCGGCUGGCUGGUCCAUCUACAGGCCGCCUGCGUGGCACAUCUGGCCCGUCAGAGGUACCGCAAACUCAAGGUGCAGCAGAUGGCGGUCAGCUGUCUGCAGAGGAACCUGCGGGCCAUGAGGAUCGUGGCCAUGUGGAGCUGGUGGAAACUUUUCUGCAGAGUACGUCCUCAGCUCGACGUCAACAUGGACAACGAGAGGCUCCGGGCUAAAGAGGAUGAGAUAUCGGCUCUGAGACGACGCCUGGAGAAGUCCGAGAAAGAGAGGAACGAGCUGAGGCAGACUGCAGACAGCCUGGAGACCAAGGUCACGGCCGUGACAUCAGAGCUAAGCGACGAGCGUUUCCGCGGCGAUGCGGUGGGUCAGGCUCUGGAUGUGGAGCGGGUCGAGAGGAUCCGACUCAGCAAGGAGAACAAAGACCUGCAGGCCCGUCUAGACCAGUGUAAAGUCGCCAUGGAAACCCUGGAGAAGCAGCUGGAGGAGGAGAAACACAAAGCUCAGAUGGCUGAGGGUCAGCGAGGAGCAGCGACAGAGAGCGAGCUGACCAUGCAGCUGGAGUGCUGCCAGACGGAGGUGGAAUUUGUCCGCAGACGACUCAAGCAGACGGAGGAAAAACUGGAGACGGAGAGACAGAGCCGACAACAGCUCGAUACCAAGGUGGCGACACUGCAGGCCCAGCUGGAGCAGUCCAGGCGGAGUGCGACAGAUCUGAAGCGUCACUGUCGGCGCGUGACCUCUGACCUGCAGGACGCCCGCGUGCUCACCGACAGCCUGCAGAGCCGCAUGCACGAGGUGGACCGCAAGCAGAGAAGGUUUGACAGCGAGUUGACUCAGGCUCUGGAGGAAGCUGACACUGAGAGAGAGCAGAAGGACAAAGCUUUCCAGGAGAACGCCGCUCUGGGGGCUGAGAUAUACACUCUGCGCCGCAACCUCCAGGAGAGCCAGACAGAGGUGGAGCGUCUGCAGAAGCAGAAGGAAGAGUUGUGCGCUCAGAUCCGUGACCUCAGCCUGCCGGUCGAUCUCGCUGCUGAUUCCUUCCCCGACCUCAAGAAACAGCUUCGCCUCCUGGAAAGUCAGGCCAGCGACAGAGCGCAGGAAAUCAGCACGCUCAGCGCCAAAAUACAGCAGCAACAACAGAUCCACAUGCGCUUUGAGAUGGAGAUGGAGCGGAUGAAGCUGAUGCAUCAGAAAGAGUUGGAGGAUAAAGAAGAGGAGUUGGAGGACGUACACAAGUCCUCUCAGAGACGGCUGAGGCAGUUGGAGAUGCAGUUGGAGCAGGAGUAUGAGGAAAAACAGAUGGUGAUUCAUGAGAAGCACGACUUGGAAGGACUCAUAGCAACUCUGUGUGACCAGGUGGGUCACAGAGACUUCGAUGUGGAGAAGAAGCUGAAGCGAGAUCUGAAGAGGACUCAUGCCCUGCUGGCCGACGCCCAGCUGCUUCUUUCCACCGUCGAUAACCCGGGGCAGAACCUCCCCGCCGGCAGCAAGGAGCAGAUAGGGCGGCUGCACUGCCAGCUGGAGGAGAGCGAAGCGAAGCGGCUUGAGGCAGAGAGCCUCCAGACGACUCUCUCCCAGGAGCUGGACAACUGUCAGAUUGAACUGGAAAAUAUCUGCAAACAGAAGAGUACGGUGGAUGAGCAGUUGGUGCUGCUGCAGCACGAGAAGGUGGACCUGCUGAAGAGACUCGAGGAGGACCAGGAAGACCUGAAUGAGCUCAUGAAGAAGCACAAGGCGCUCAUCGCUCAGUCGUCCAGUGAUAUCUCUCAGAUCAGAGAGCUGCAGGCUGAACUGGAGGAGGUGAAGAAACAGAGACACUCUCUGCAGGAAGAGCUCCAGCAGAGCGCGUCGAGGGUGCAGUUCCUGGAGGCGUCCACUGUGGGGCGUAGCAUCGUCAGCAAACAGGAGGCCCGCGUGUGUGACCUGGAAAACAAACUGGAGUUUCAGAGAGGGCAAGUCAAGAGGUUUGAGGUGCUGGUGUUGCGUUUGAGGGACAGCGUGGUUCGUCUGGGCGAGGAGCUGGAGCAGAGCGCCCAGGCUGAAGCUCGCGAGCGAGAGAACGCCCGCUACUACCAGCAGCGUGUGCAGGACAUGAGGCUGGAGAUGGAGGAUCUGAUCCAGAGGGAGCGGGACAGCAGCCGCAGACGCAUGGAGCUGGAGAUGCAGGUGGAGGAGCUCAGCGCCGUCAGACAGACGCUGCAGGCCGACCUGGAGACGUCCAUCCGUCGCAUUGUGGAUCUGCAGGCCGCGCUGGAGGAAGUGGAGUCGAGCGACGAGAGCGACUGUGAAAGCGUUCAAACGGCUGUGGAGUCGUUGACUCGAAAGAAAGACCUUGACUCGGCGUCCAGUGUCGGGACAGAGGAUGUAGGAGAGGGGAUUCGUCAUUGGCUAGGCGUGCCCAGAGGAGCGUCCCGUGGUAGUGGCUCUCCCUACGGCAGCAGUACCAUCAGCAGCCAAGGAGGGCGCCAGUCUGUCACUGACACCAUGAGCACUUACAGCUUCCGUUCUUGUGUGGACCCUGAUGACGAGCGCUCUGAGGCUGGCGGAGGGGGAACCAGAGGUCCCGGUCGCGCCCCGUCCUCCUCCGCCCUGUCCGAGCUGCUGGACGGACUCCGCAAACGGCGAGCUGGCGGGGACACCGGCGACGGAGCUGGCAGCGCUGUCUCCCUGCCGGUGUAUCAAACAACGGCGGCCUCGACUCUCAGACGGCGAGCCUCGGCCCUCUCUCUUGGCCCAGGCAACCUGCAGGAGCCCCGGCCCGGCCCCGGCAUCCUCAAACCGCCAUCCCCGCUGCUGCCUCGCGCCGCCAGCGCUCGCUCCAUUGGUGACGCUCAGACAUCGGUCGGCGCCUCCUCUACAGCCGGAGCCAAACUCUCUCGCUUCAACUCGAGUGAUUCUCUGUCUUCGCUUCCCUCGCUGCCGCGCCUCUCCUCCUUGGCGACCUCCCUCGCUGCGCGCCACCACCCCCCCUCCCUGUCCAUCCCGGAGGAGGACGCAGUUCAACCCCGCCGAUCAGUGACGGCCCCCGUGGAGCGCUCCCCUCAGCCGUUGAGGCGGUGCAUGCUGGGGAGUCUCGCUUCGGAGGACGGAGGCGAAGGCUCUCUGGGUUCAGAACCCAUGGUGUUCCAAAACCGCCGGCUGAUUGAGGAUAGCGGGCGCGACGACGCAGCAUCCGACAUCCUGCCCGCCAUCCGGAGAGCCCAGUCCGCCAGCAGCCUGGCCGGCUCGGUCAGAGGAGGCAGGAGGGCGCUGAGUGUGCACUUUGGAGAGCUGCCACCAUCGAGCCGCAGCAGGAAGGGCUCCGAGACGGAGUCCUCCAGCUCAGGGGGAUCAGGGGGAAGUUCCCAGGGCGGGGGGCCCAGACGCAGGGUUGAGAAGCCACAAGGAGAGAGACUGGAGGCGGAGGGCAGCGAGGGCGGAGACGUGGCUUCGGUCAUGAAGAGAUACCUUAAAAAGGAGAUUGACUAAAGCAGAUGAGACUCUUUAUGUGUCCACAUCUAGACAGACUGAAGACUGCAGUCAAGGCUGAACGAAAACACUUCACAAGCUGACUCUUAUUAACGCCACCUGAAAAUACAUUUGCCCUCAGUCAACUGUAUUUUCAGAUGAGCACUGUUUGUAUAUGAAUAAA